AUGUUGCCUGAGAUUGUAGCAUUGGCUGUGUUCUCGGCAUUUGGCGCUGAUGCUGCCCCGUCCCCAAAAACACUCAACUCUACCAUCACGCUUCUCGUAGACAAUGACCUGCAAGGAGCCGAUAGCCCUGCCCCAAGCUCUGGGGUGGUGCUUCUGGAAGCAAGGUCAUUGGCGGAUGCCAUCAACUCUUGCCAUGCUUUGGGUGAACAGCUAUGGUCCCCGGAAUCAGCUGCGGUGAACAUCCAGUCGAAUUUGAACUACAUCAAGUUCGCAGACCUUGCCCAAGGCUACUCGCAGUUUUGGAUUGCGUCGACGAACUCAACUCCGCGGUGCAUUGAUAUCAAUGGGCAGACAGCUCUGGCGAACUCAUCCCUCUGGCUUCCUGUGCUGUGUUCGCAAACGGCACCUUUCUCGAACGAGACAUUUCAAGACGCCAGUGAGAAGUGGCAGGUGACACUGCAGUCCAAUAAUGAGUACAUCACUGGUUUUCGCGAUCGCUAUAGCUUCCGCUUCCUGGGGGUUCGAUAUGCUCCUCAGCCAAAACGGUUCACGUACUCUGCGCCAUACACUGGAAACGGGAGUGAGGUUUCUGCGACCGGAUACGCCUCCGAGUGCGCUCAGGUGGUUUACAGCUACAUCGGUAGCGAAGACUGUCUUUUCGUGAAUAUAUGGACUAGUUACCUACCAAGGCCUCAAUCGCUAGGCACAAAGCUGAGGCCAGUCAUGUUCUGGAUAUAUGGCGGCGGUUGGACUAUUGGAUCAAUCAAUGACGCCACCUUUGACGGAGGCAAUAUGGCAUCAAGAGGCGAUGUUGUCGUGGUCGCGAUCAACUAUCGGCUGUCAACGCUCGGGUUCCUCGCACUGGACGACGGGGUCACCAAUGGCAAUUAUGCUCUUGCAGAUCAGAUCAACGCACUAAACUGGGUAAGAAAGAACAUCAAAGACUUUGGCGGAGACCCAGACAAGAUCACCAUCUUUGGCCAAUCGGCUGGGGCGGGCAGCGUGAGGGCUCUGAUUGCAUCUCCGGAGGCGAUCGGAAAGUUCGCAGGAGCCAUACCGGUAAGCAAUCUAGGGGGCCUCAACUACGGUACGACGUACUCGGAAUACCUCACUAUCGAGGAGGAAAUGGUGGACGCAGGGGACGCCAUACUCGCCUCAACCAACUGCACGACCGCCACCUCUCAAGUAGACUGUCUUCGCGCUAUCCCAGCCGACACUCUUCUCAGUCUAGACGACGUGGCGAGAUAUCUGGUUAUGGACGGCACCUACCUCACAUCCGACGAGCUUCAACUGAAUGGAUCCGCCCUUCCUGUCCACCUCAUGAUAGGCACAACUCGGGACGACGGUGGCCCUAUCAUCGGCUUCCCGGCAACCACCAACCAGUCGAUGUAUCUCGCUUCCCAGGGUUGGGCUGUACCACCUGCAGACCUAUUUCCAGUCCCAUCGACUGCCAACCAAACACUAGCUCUGUUCAACUCUAGCACUCGUCUGGCAACAGACGGCAUGUUCCGGUGUAUCGAUCAGGCAACCGUCUAUGCUGGCCUCCAGAAUGACAGGUUCGGUCCUGUGUUCUUUUACCAGUUCAACCGCACAUACCAGACAACAGGCUGGCCUGGACUCGACGUCUGCGAACCGCCCAAGACCGCCGAUCACCCCAAUGGUGAUCCGAGUGGCGAAUACUUCAAGUGCCACUCCGGCGAUCUGUAUUUGAUCUUUGGUAACCUAGCGCGCGAGGGCCUGCCUAUGCGUGACGAGAAUGACCUGCCCUUCGAGCAGUUCGUCCUCGACUCCUUCAGCUCGUUCGCGAGGACGUUCGACCCUAACCCGGACUUCGGAUACCUCGCGGCUAGGGGCUACAUCGAGACACUGGAGGAACUGACUAGUUUUGGUUCGUGGAAGCCGUCGACGAAGAAUGGGAUGACGCUGCGGACGUUGCAGUGGCCGACGGUUCAGGGCUCUUUCGAGGAGCUGGAGCAGUGUGAGGCGUUGGGGUUGGGGUUGGAUUACUAUCUCAGGUAG